UUUUCCCUGGCUUCCUGUUGUCAACUUUUGCAUACUGUUUAUCAACCUGUCUCCAGGACUCCUCGGUGAAGUUCUUUUUUAACCACUUCAGAGGGAAGAAAUGACUUUUCACCUGGGAAAUUAACAAUCUGGUUGACCUUUUACAAGCGUGCUUCCCACAAAGCUUGUCACCAUGAGAAGCAGGAGCAACUCGGGCGUGAAAUUGGACAACUAUGCCCGCAUAGUACAUCAAACUAUCCUGCAGCACCAGGAUCCCGUCACAGGCCUCCUACCUGGCAGCAGCGACCAGCCGGACGCUUGGGUCCGAGACAAUGUUUACAGCAUCUUGUCCGUGUGGGCCCUCAGCCUGGCCUACAGGAAGAACGCUGACCGGGAUGAAGACAAGGCCAAAGCCUACGAACUGGAGCAGAGUGUAGUGAAGCUAAUGAGAGGAAUCCUACAGUGCGUAAUGAGGCAGCUGGAUAAAGUAGAGAAGUUCAAGUACAGUCGCAGCACGUCCGACUCUCUCCAUGCCAAGUACAACACUAGCACCUGUGCAACCGUGGUUGGCGACGACCAAUGGGGUCACCUGCAAGUGGAUGCCACCUCGCUCUUCCUGCUCUUCCUUGCCCAGAUGACAGCGUCUGGUCUUCAUAUCGUCUACACCCAGGACGAGGUGGACGUUGUGCAAAACCUCAUGUUCUACAUCGAGGCGGCUUACAAAGUGGCUGAUUAUGGAAUGUGGGAAAGAGGGGACAAAACCAACCAGGGCAUCACUGAGAUCAACGCCAGCUCCAUAGGCACUGCCAAGGCAGCUCUGGAGGCACUAGACGACCUCAACCUUUUUGGAGCCAAAGGUGGACCUGGAUCGGUGGUUCAUGCUCUGGCUGACGACAUCCAGCACUGCCAGUCCAUCCUGACCUCCAUGCUCCCAAGAGCAUCCAUCUCCAAGGAGGUGGAUGCAGGCAUCCUGGCCAUCAUCUCUUAUCCCGCAUUUGCUGUGGAGGACAUGAGUAUCGUCAACAUGACCAAGGAAGAAAUCAUCUCCAAGCUGCAGGGUCGCUACGGCUGCUGCAGGUUCCUCCGAGAUGGACACAAAACCCCAAAAGAGGAUCCCAAUCGUCUGUAUUACGAGUCAGCCGAGCUGAAGUUGUUUGAGAACAUUGAGUGCGAGUGGCCGCUCUUCUGGACCUACCUUAUCCUGGAUGGCAUUUUCAUCAACAGUCCCGAGCAGGUGCAGGAGUACCAGGAGGCUCUGGAGGGCAUCCUGAUCAAGCAGAAGGACGGAAUACGACUGCUACCGGAGCUCUACAGUGUCCCACCGGAUAAAGUGCAGGAGGAGUACAUGAAUCCUCACACAGUGGAGAGGAUUCCAAUGGGAAAGUGUCCCCUGAAGUGGGGACAGUCUCUGUACAUCCUGGGAAAGCUUCUGUCUGAGGGCUUUCUCGCUCCUGGAGAGAUCGACCCUCUGAACCGCCGCUUCUCCACCAUCCCCAAGCCGGAUGUGGUAGUACAAGUGUCCGUUCUGGCCGAGACAGAGGAGAUUAAAGAGCUGCUCUUGAAGAACGGUAUUGACGUGGAGAUGGUGGCUGACAUCCACCCAAUUCACGUGCAGCCUUCAAGGGUGCUCAGCCACAUCUACGCCCGACUUGGUCGGAACCCGAGGCUCGGUCUGACAGGACGGCCCUACAGGAGGAUCGGCGUGCUGGGAACCUCCAAGUUCUAUAUCAUCAGGAACACCAUCUUCUCAUUCACGCCUCAGUUCCUGGACCACCAGCAGUUCUACCUGGCUUUGGACAAUAAAAUGAUCGUGGAGAUGCUGAGGACAGACAUUUCCUACCUGUCGUCCAGGUGGAGGAUGACGGGAAGGCCCACUGUCACGUUCCCCAUCUCGCAGACGAUGCUGACCGAAGACCACACAAACCUGGACCCCGCUGUGCUGGCAACACUGAAGAAACUACAAGACGGCUACUACGGAGGAGCGAGGAUUCAGACGGGGAAGCUGUCGGAGUUCUUGACCACUUCCUGUUUUGCUCACCUCAGCUUCUUGGAUGGUAAGGUUUUGGGCAGCAUGGGCCAUGACGAGGAGUAUGAUGGUGAUGAUGAAACGGGUGACGGCGAGGGAUACGUGCAUGAGUUGCGCAAUGACGAUGAGGCUGAUGACCUCGCCCAGUACCUGGACCACCUCUUGGCCCACUCUGCCCCCAAGAAGCCCAAACUGAAGGCAGGUGGGCUGGGGAAGUUCAAGGCCGUAGCAACUAAAACAAAAGAGAUGGUGACCCUGAUGAACAAAGCACAGGAACUCAACGUGCAAGAAGUCAACAUGUACCUGCCCAAUAAGCUGUUUCGCUCCCAUCAGCCGUCACUCAAUCUGAACCUUCCGGACUGUUCCGCACCGCCAGACACUCAGGUCCCAGAGGUGACUGUGACAUCACAUAGUGGCGUGCCGCGGGAUGCCAGCGGGGCCAUCAAUUAUCAGGCAUUGGUUAUGCUCUUGAAAGGCACGCACAAUCUGCAGGACCAAGCCGACAUCCUCUACAUCCUCUUCAAGGACAAGGGCAUGGAGUGGGAUACCCACUUACACGGCAAAGGCCCCACGGUACGUUCGCUGCUCACUGACCUGUAUGAGAAGGCGGGGGAGCUGAAAGACUGGGGGCUGAUCAGGAUGAUAUCCGGAAUGCUGAGGAAGAAGGUUGAGGAGCUGGACUCGGCCUGCUCAGACUUGCUGGCCCACCAGAAGCACCUCACUGUGGGUCUUCCCCCUGAGCCUCGAGAAAAGACGAUCACCGCUCCCAUCCCGCCAGACCAACUGGCGGGACUCAUCGACGAGGCCAGCGACAACAAUAUAAGCGUGGCCAUACUCACCCAGGAGAUCAUGGUGUACCUGGCCAUGAGCAUCAGGACACAGCCCAACCUGUUCAGCGAGAUGUUUCGGCUCCGCAUCGGGCUCAUCAUCCAGGUCAUGGCUACGGAGCUCGGCCAGUCGCUGGACUGCUCUGGGGAGGAGGCCACUGAGAACCUGAUGAGUCUAAGCCCUUCGGAGCUGAAGAACCUCCUCCACCACAUCCUGAGUGGCAAGGAGUUUGGUGUUCAGCGCAGCGUGCGAGAUUCGGAGGCCGGCGUCAGUCCCGCCAUUUCCAUUCAUCACCUUGGCAACGUGGGCGCCACCAAGAGCGAGAGGGCCGGAAUCAGCAAGCUCAAAAGCGACAUGAAGAUGCUGGAGCACAGGAUGUCUCUGACAGGGCUCAGUAAGGUGAUGAUGCCAUGCGUGGGUGAUAAUUCACCGUUUAAUGACAGUUUGUUUUUGUUGCAGGCGGAUCGUAGAGUGUCUUUGACAGACGCAGUCAAGAGCCUUCGAUCUCAUUCACUGGACAUCAGCAACAUCGAGUCAGGGAGGUACAGACUUCCAUCUAUAGAGUCGCUGGACAUUCCGGAGAGCGUCUCAGUGGCGAAGGACACCAGACAUGGACAGUGGCUGCGCAGGAGGCGCCUGGACGGCUCGCUGAACCGAGUCCCAAUCGGCUUCUACCAGAAAGUCUGGAAGAUUCUGCAGAAAUGUCACGGUCUGUCAAUUGAUGGCUUUGUCCUUCCUUCGUCCACCACCAGAGAGAUGACCCCAGGCGAGAUCAAGUUUUCCGUCCACGUCGAGACUGUGCUGAACCGUAUCCCGCAGCCCGAGUACCGCCAACUGCUGGUGGAGGCCAUAUUGGUGCUCACUAUGCUGGCCGACGUCGACAUCCCCAGCAUCGGUUCCAUUAUCCACGUCGAGAAGAUCGUACAGCUGGCCAACGAGAUGUUCUGCCAGGACCAGAAAGACCUCGGAGCAGAGGAGCACAUUCUGGAACGCGAUCCGUCCACCGGCGUCUGCAUGUUGCUGUACGACAGUGCCCCCAGCGGCCGCUUCGGGAGCAUGACCUACCUCACCAAAGCGGUGGCGGCGUACGUGCAGGACUUCCUGCCUAGCGGUUCCUGCGCCGUACAGUGAGUUUAAAACAUUUACUAAGUUACUGUUAAGCGUCCUGGUCUCUGUCACCUCCACCAAUGUUCUUCUUUGGUCACAUCCGGUGCUAACACGUCACAUGCUGGAGGAUGUUCAAACACUGAUUUAGUUUACUGUUUUAUUUAUCUUACAGUCCUCAAAUUAGUGCCUAACUCAUUAAGGCACUCAUUUAAAGUCACGUUUUAAAGAUAAUGAACCUUUAAUAAUGCUAGGUUCAUCUUUAAAAAUGUUUUUUUACAGUUGAAUGAGAGACUUAAUGGGAGCAUAUUUUUGUGAUAUUGAAACAAACUAUUUUAAUUAUAGUAAGUUAAGUGCAGUUUACACAUAUAUUUGUCAAGGUUAGUUGUAAAUGCAGUGAAUUUUUUCAUAUAUUUGUGACCGAGAGUCAUCGGUUUGCUGCUGUAAGAGAUUGUUUAUCUGGUUUAUUUUGAUCAACUCGAGGCAUAUUGUUGUGAUUUAGCUCUACAGACGUAAUAAAAUUAAUUAUUUUGGCAAACAUAAAAGACAAUUUUAGCAUUUUUUAUCAUUUGAAUGUGGCUUCUCAGUUUUUAUUGGCCUGUGUGCACAUUAUACAAAAAAGAAGAAAAAAGUGCAAGACAGAGUUAUGUUGAUGCAAAAAAUCAAUACUCCUAAUUAUAGCAUGCUUUGUUCACAAUAACAAAGCUGACAUGCAGGCUCUUUAACUUGUACUUAUGUUUGUUAAAACAUUUUAUUUUUAAGUAUCCUUUAUUUUUUUCUCUGCGGAAAAAAGUUUGGACACACUUGAUAGGUAAAAUGACAAAGUAGCCACCAGAUAGCGACAGUCAUCACUGAAACCCGCAAGAUAAUCAAUUGAAAGGCUGAUAUUUUAACAAUUACCUGUGUUUUGAUUUUUAUAUCAUUUUCAUCCAUUAAUUUUCUGAUGUAUACAUUUAUAAAAUACAUUUAAUAAAGCCAGUUGAAUCGCAUUUGGGGUUCGAAGUUCCCCAGCGACUUCAGCAAGACGAAAAUAGGUUUUUGCUGAGGUGAAAAAACAUCCAGGACAAGAGCAAACAGAACAGAAUAAACACAGACUCUGUGCAGCCCUGAAAUGAUUGAUCUGUACCUUUCCCAAUACAUGCAUGUCAAUACAUGUGUACAUCGUUAGGCACACUUACUUACAUUUCCAAAUAUUUUCCAAUAUUUGCCCUCUAAUUACAUGACACUAUUUAUAUAUUUAUAAUAUAUUUAAUUGUAUAUUUUAUUCGCAUUACUUCUCUCUUUCUCAGUCGUCCUCAGACAAGCUUCCAUCGUAGUCUCCAAUCAUUCGGGUUCUCCAUACACCCGGUCAGCUCCGCAGCUCUGUUACUUGAUAAUCAUUAUGUUUGUAUUAUUUAAAUUUUAUAUUUUUUAACAUGCAUUUAUUAGCUUAAUUACAUAAUACUUGCUUUCUCAAGCAUGUGCACGCUGUUAAACUCAAUUUAAAUCUAAGCAUGUAUAUAUAUUGAAGAAAAUCCACAAAAGAAAUAUUUAAUUUAUUUAUUCCAGCUGUUUUGUCCAGCACAUACAGUAUAGCUCCACAGUACAUAGAUAAUUUGGCUUUUCAAAAAGUGCUUUAUCUCCUUAAAGUGCACCGAAUACUGAGAUUGUCUCAACACGGCUUAUUUUCUAAGUCUUCCAUUCAUUGCUCUAAACAUAAUAAUGACAAAACAAAAAUAUUGAAGUAUAUUGUUGCUUAAAAAAAUAAUGCAUUGAGUACAUGUGUGUUCGGUAGAAUAAAUAAAAUAUCUAGGAUUGGAAUGAUUACCUAUAAAUGCUAUUUUGGUUGAACAA